AUGCUCAUCCGGAUACGAUCAAGAGACGGGAACUUUCGCUUCGAGUUCCAGCCCACCGAUGAUAUCUCCGAGCUCAUCUCCAAGAUUUUAUCUACUGCGCCUGAAGCAGAUCCAAAUACAGUCACGAUCUCGAACCAACCACGAGGGAAUGAGAUACCGGUCAAUACAAUCGGCAAGCGGGAUCUGCAAUCACUAGGUUUCAAACACGGGGACCUUCUCUUCGUUGGUUACCAGACUCGCGCCGUUCCUGAAGAAGCUGCACCCCAAUCUGUAGCAGGUUCCAGCUCUUCCGCGGAGGACGCUGUACGCCCAUGGGAAACAGUAGAGGAGCCCCCCGUGGAUCGCUACUGGCGCAGUCAAGACGGGAAGAUUCCUCGGGGGCGUGACUCGCGGUUCUGCAAGCAUGGUGCGAACGCGAUGUGCGACUACUGCAUGCCUCUGGAGCCCUACGAUGCCGACUACCACACUAAACACAGCAUCAAGCACCUCUCCUACAACGCUUACCUCCGUAAGGUCACCCCCAAGGCCUCUUCAUCUGCAUCUGUCACCUCUAUCCUCCCGCCACUCAGCCCGCUCAUGUACAGAGUCAAAGACCCAUGUCCGACUGGAGGCCACAAACCAUGGCCCGAAAGUAUUUGUACUAGCUGCCAGCCCUCCGCGAUCACUCUUCAGAGUCAGCCGUUCCGUAUGGUUGAUCACCUAGAGAUUGCCUCCGACGACAUCGUUGAGCGCUUUCUUCAGGCGUGGCGAAAGACGGCCACGCAACGAUUCGGGUGGCUCAUCGGUCACUACGAGCCCUAUCCAGAUGUGCCAAUGGGCGUCAAGGCUGUAGUCGAGGCCAUUCACGAACCCCCACAGCAAGGAGAAGUGGACGGCUUGGAAUUGGGGAUCCCAUGGGAAGACGAGGCGCGCAUCCGUCAGCUGGCCUCUCAGGCGGCAACUCCGCUGCAGGUCGUUGGGUAUAUUUUCACCGAUCUUGAGCCUGAAGACGAGGAUAGAUCGAAGGUCAAAUACAAACGCCAUCCGCAGUCUUUCUACCUCUCGUCAUUGGAAAUCAUCUUUGCCUCUGUCAUCCAGAACGCCAACCUCACACCGAGCAAGGCCUCGUUCACGGGAAAAUUCGGAUCGAGGAUGGUCACUGCGGUUCUUACCGGCACUGAGGAAGGCGGAGUUGACAUCGCAGCCUAUCAAGUCUCCGAACAGGCGUGUGCCAUGGUAGACGCGGACAUGAUCGAGGCAAGCAUGGACCCCAGCAUCAUGCGCGUCAAGGAAGAGGACCGGAGCAAAGACACGGCGCGCUACGUCCCCGACGUCUUCUUCCGAUACAAGAACGAGUACGGUCUUGAGGUUCAGAAGAAUGCGAAGCCGUGCUUCCCAGUCGAAUACCUUCUGGUCAACGUCUCGCACGGGUUCCCCCAAUCUCCUUCGCCGGUUUUCCGCUCAACCUCUUACAAGAUCGAGAACCGGCCAGGCUUAGAAAACCAAAGCAUUGACAGCGUCCUCGCCAAGCUUGCGGAGCUGCAGGCGUUCGAUGUCCCCGUGAGCGGCGCCGGUGGCGACCCUGCCAAACGUGAGGCCCUCGCCCGGUAUCUCAGCGACUGGCAUUUGGUCACCUUCCUGGGCACCACGGGCCUUCUCAGUCCCGUUGACAUGCGUGCGCUGGUCCGCGCCGCGAGCGCGCCGGACAUCACGGCGACGCACGUGCUUGACGACCUCGUGCGGACCGAGAGCUGGCUCACGCUCAUGACGUUCGCGCGCGAAGCUGGGCCCGCGUCCACCGCCAACGCCGGCCAUGCGCCGAUGGACACCGACGACAUCCCGCAGGAAGUGUAUGAUCAGAUCGCGCGCGAGUCCGCCGCCGGAGGAGGCGGGGGCGGUGGGGCGAGCGGCGGGCCUGGGAUCCGCAUCUGCCCGCACUGCACGUUCGAGAACACGCACGGCGGGACGGACUGCGAAAUCUGCUCGCUGCCGCUGCAAUAG